AUGUCUACUGAAGGUGAAGAUGAUCACAGGAAGUUGUCCUCGUUGUGUCCGCGCUUCUCUGGAGAAGGUGAUGUUUCCUAUGAUGUUAACACUGGCAUUGAACUUUUCUUAAAGAAGUUCGAUACCUUUCUGCAACUGAGAGGCCUUAUUCGUCCAGGAGUCGAUGCUACCCCUGCUGAGCGGGAGAGGUUUGGAGCCAAGGCAGCGGGUAUUCUCAAGUCAGCCCUCAAGGGUAGGGCAGCAGUCGUGGCGUACUCACUCCCCCAAGAAAAACAGGACAACUUUGACCUUCUCGUGGCCGAGUUGGGAUUGGCCAUCGGCUUGGAUAGUCUCACGGCGUGGGCGGCGUUCUGCUCGAGAAGAAUGGGAGAAACGGGACCUAUUGAUGGUUAUGUUGCUAACCUUCGGGUACUAUUGGACAUAAGUCACCCUCGUCUAGGACAAGGGGCUAAGAGCGAGAUUCUACGCAGUCAGUUCGUCUGGGGUCUCCCUCAAGGAACUGCCAAAGCUUUAGUCCUGGCUAAGUAUGAGGACGGUACUGUGCCGUUGGAAUCCCUCGUUAUUCUUGCCAAGGACCAUCUCAAAGCUGCGCGCUUCGAGGGGUCGAAGAGCAUCGAGAUAGCCGCUGCAGCUAUGCAUAUGCGUGCAGACCAAGGCAAGGGCAAGAGAGGGUGGCAUAGGUCUCCUGGCAAUGGCAAAGGUAUGGCAAGGGAGGCGGACUAUACGGGUAAGGGUCAAGGAGGCAAGGCGGAACUAGCGAUCCUCUCGCUGCCGACUGUGGGCGAGAGCUACGACGCUGGCACCAUUAUCCUCAAGCCCAAGUACUCGACGCUCGGCGAGCAUACCCGUCAUUGA